AUGGUCGACGAGAAGCGUGCGCGCGAGCUGUCGAAGGGCCUGCACAGCUGGUUUUCCGAGGAGCUGCAGAUCCCGAUCCGGAAGCGGGACGCUGGCCCAGAGGUGUUCGCAGGUUUCCCCGGUGUGCUGCGCAGCUCCAACCCGCUCUUCAGCCAGAGAGCAGCCAAAAGACACCUGCGAAAGCCCUGCCUUUUGACACAGCGCUUCCCAACCGUCCGCGCUGGACGAUGGCUGCAUUACCCAGAUGUCUACAUGGCCAAGCAGGCAAUCCUGGACGCAGACAACAAAGCCAUGCACGAGAGUAAGCUGUGUCGAUUACUGCAGUGGUAUGCCUUGGGCCAAGUCGUACACACGCUGAAGGUGCUGCGCUGUGCUUGCGCAGCUGUAGCUGCCUGCGGCUCGCUCAGGAGCAUGAUCGGCUCGGACGGCCUGGACAAGAAAUCUCGCCUCUCACAAGAGGUUUUUCUACAUGUGCACGCACAAGUUCCCGCUCCGGUCCGCGCGUUUCAAGAUGGCCCGGAGCAGUUCCACGCCAUGGUGGCCAAGAUGCCAGGGCGCCGCUUUAAGCUGUCCAGCAAAAAGCUCUACGUAAGCAUGGCUGUGGCAGAGAACAACAGCAUGGCCAGGGUUCAGGCCCUGCAUGCCAUGGGCAGCACUGACUGGAAGCGGACAUGUCCUACCAAAGACAUCAUCAAGAUCACCACGCUGCCGAAAGUUCAGGUCGUGCUUCUGAACUUCUGCCCAGCAUUUGAAUUGCAAGUGAAUGCACCUCGGGAUGCCGCCGGAAGCAGCCUGACACCAGAAGUGGCAUCCGCGCAAGGCCACGUUGAGGUGAUGCGCCUCGUGUUGGAAGCCACAGCUGACAAAGACGGCACCCCUGCGCUCGUCGCAGCUCGCUUUGGGCAGUUGGAUGUCGGAUCUCCUCCUGAUGCGGCUGACGCGGCGUCGCUCGUGGAGGCGAUGUCGAGGCAGCUUUUCGACAGCACGGGGGUCGCUUGGGGUUCCGGCAAGACAAAGGAGGACGGCGCUGUCCUCCUCAAGCAUCUUGCCCGCCUGGGCUACCGGGAGGGCGUCUACUCGCCCGCGUUUCGAAGUGGCAUCGCCGGUUUCAUGUGCGGAAAUGCCGUGCUCUCUCGCCAUCCGCUGGAGCAUGUGACCACUGCUAUGCUGGACAGGAACCGUGCGGAUGAGAACCGGACGGCUGCUGUUGUCCGCCUCCGACAUAAUAAUGAGCUCCUCACCGUGGUGUCCACGCAUUUGGACGUCUGGGCUGAGAUGAGGGGCUACUUCGGCAUGGCGGAGGGGGAGGCGAUCCGACUUCUUGAGUUCGAGGCUCUCCAUGAGGCCACGAAAGAAGACCAGAAUGUCAUCGUUUUGGGUGACUUCAAUGCGCCUUCUCAGCUUCAGGCUUCCUGCAGCUCCCGGCACGAAGAGGCACUUCGGCUCAUCGAUCGACUGAGUGUGCAACGUGAUCCGAAGGCACUUCGUCAUUUUCUUCCGCGCGAGUCGCCACGGAUUCCGGAGGAGAUGACAGCGCUCGGUUUCGCGCAGAAGCUGGGCUACAGGCAUGCUUGGCAGCACUUGCCGGUGCCAUGCGCGCCCCUCUACAGUCAUUGGAGCGGGCAGCUCAUUGACCACUGCCUCCUGCGUGGUGAUGCGAAGAUCCGGAUAUCCCACUUCGACGUGUUUCACACGGAUGCCAGUGAUCACCUGCCGUUGGUGAUCGACCUUGAGAUAGACUAG